UUGAAGCAGCAGAACGUGUGUUUCCUUCCUUCUAGACGUCGCAAUAUUUACCACAGAGACUUUCAUCUUGGCCGAAAAAGCAACGGAUCUGCCGCCUCUUCUGGCGGUGGUCAUCGCUCCCCACCCACCGAGACCUUGUUUGAGUCCUCGAUCGGGAAGGGGACUAGUGGGGAUUCUAUGUGCCUCUGCAACCGAAACUCACGCCCCGGAGGUGCCUCCCUGGAUGACAUGGAGUUGCACUACCAUUCCAGACACUCCUCUCGCCCCCGGCGGCAUCGCCACGGUUCCUCGAAGGCUGGUGGCAAACGACGGGGAAGACGAGGAGGCGGAGGCGGUGCAAGCAGCGGCGACAGUCUGCAGGCAGGCACCAACAACGGGACCGAGUCCGGGCCCGAACUCGGCAGGUCAAACGACCGAGGUGACAGCAGUGUGAACGACGAGGCGGGUGCUGUUAGAGCACCUGGUUACGCCGAGAAGAUGAUUAAAUUUGGAUCAAUGCCAUCCUACAGAGAGGAUAAAAUAAAGCAUGCUCGUGACAAGGCAGGGCAAAGCACUGCUUCUGCUACCAUCUCCACCACUGCAUCCACAUUCGAAAAUCCAGUAACCCUCGCAACUCUUGCCUCUGCUCUGCCAAGUAAUUCAGUACAGCCGUCGCUUAUUGAUUUCACUGUGGCGUCUCAGCCUGUUUCUUGGCCGCCGCCACCACCUCCUUUUAUUCCUGCUGCUUGUACCACCACAUCUUCACCAUCCGUGGGAACAGGAGGGCCCAUGAUUGUACCAACUACUUCUGUGGGACUAAGUGCGAUCCCUGCUUGGUUCUCUUCCCCUUCGACUGCCAACUGCAACACGCGUAAUGCAGAUUUGUCGGUUCCAGUGAUGAACAGGGAGGGGGGACCUCUCGCCACUACGAGCGAUGCAUCCGCGACAAGUGCUUCUCUUGGCCGGAAGAUUAUGACCACCUCGAUGGUCUCGAAUGAGGAGGUGGAGUCUACCUCUAGUUUCUACCCCUCUUCGCCUCCUAUUUCCUCUUCCUUCUCAUUUCCUCGGUUCCCCUUCCUUCAACUUGAUUCCCCUAUUCCUUAUAUGCUCUGCUUCCCAUACAUCGCAAGCUCUCUCCCCUUCAGCCUUAUGUUCACAGUUCAGUCACCCACGAUCCCGCAUGCUUGCAUGGAAUCCCCUUGUGGCACUCGUAGGGCCGCUCAGGUGACAGUGAUACGGGAAAACUCCUAUCGGCAACCGGAGAAAGGCAUUCUAAAAAAUAAACACGAGGGAGGCGGGGAGAGCACCUCCAACGCAGACGUCAACACAGCGACGAAUGGCGGUGGUGCCCUGAAGAAGCAAAAGACAACUACGAAGCACACGACUAAGAAGCAGCAUCACCACAAGUGCUCCUCUUCCGACUUCGACUCAAGCUCCUCUUCGUCGUCGUCAAUGAGCUCCUCGGCAUCCACAGAUUCGCUGUCUAUGGGAAGCUCGUGCAGCACUAGUCGGGCUACGGAUGACACCAACCUCACUGCGUUCUCUGUUGCCAACACCAACGCGAGCAGCGUUGACGGCGAGGGUUCCGACUCGGGAAGCACGUGCUCUACGACCCUGCACCGUCACCGCAAGCGACAAUGCAAGAAGCACAGCCACCCCCACCACAGCCACCAUCAUAGGCACCACCACAGGCACCAACAGGGCAGCAGUACUGGCGGCGAAACCUCCGCCACCAACACCACAAGCACACCGACGACAACAUCGACACCGGAGACUUCUUCCGGCUCCUCGCCCUGCCACCGCCGAUGUCACCGACGUCGGCGUGUUGGUCGGCGAUACCGACUGGCCAACAGCGUGUCCGACGACGCAGAGAGCAGCAUCGGGUGUGGAACACAGAAUCACAAGGUACCGACCAUCCUAUGCAAUGCAGGCCAACAAACUGACGAAACAAGUCUUCUCCGGACCGCUGAUACACUCUACACUCCUCAAAACGAUCCCCAAGCGAACUCCGAUAGGGGUUCCGUGAGUCCAUUGAAAGAGGAAGACGAAUCGGAAUGGGAGGAAGUUGAGUGCACCGGUGGGUCGGAUUGUGAGGAGUGCCGAAAGAACGCUGUGUCCAAGUGGGCCACCACCACCCCCACCACUCAGCCCCCCGCACCACCUCCCCGUAACGCCACCGCGGUACCGCCAACACCACCAUCUGCAGGCGGUCUGCUCUCAAGACAGUAUAAGGCAUCGUCACCACCACCCCUUCCUGCUGUCAAUCCAACAGGAUACUACUGUACUACACAGCUCUCAUCGCAGUCUGACAUCGACCCCUACUAUCAGCCACCACUUGAAGAUGUGGACUCUUUUCUGGGCGAAAAGCCCACAACUGUGGCCCACCGGAGGUACACGGGUCACCCCGAAGAGGACGACGGGCUGAUUAGUGGUCGGGAUCCACGUGACAUCCUACCCGUCAAUUCUCCGCCCCCCGACAGCGAAUGUUACAUGAUGAGGGAUUCUGACGGACUAACCAGGAAAAACUCUGGCGCUCCCUUCAUGACCAGUCAUAACUACAAUGGGUCUGACAGCGAUUUUUCCCUCUCUACCUCCGCCAAGAAGUCUCAGAAUCCAGCCCUCGGCUUUGAUUGGUUGCCUAGCAACGUCCCACACGGAGGCGCCAUAGGUGCCCACAGUCAACCGCCGCACCAAUGGUUGGACGUCUCCGAGUCCGAUGCAAGCUCGCUGCCCGACGCCUCGUGCGACCUCGUGCAUUUGGCCCAGCUGAGUCAGGCAGUGAGAAUGAACCCCAAUCUCGCCGAUCUAGCUCGACAACAAGGAAACCCCCUGGUCAGCCUGCUUGACCCCCGUCUUGAUAUUCCUUUCCUCACUCCCAACGGGGAACCCGUCUCGUGA